AUGCCGGUUGCCGUUGCCACUUCCCUUGACGAUAUUUCUUCGGGGAAGGUAAUCGCACCCGCGCGACAGGCCCCUGUUUUUGACGGAAGUCAGGAAUGCUACGACGAUGAGGCUUUCCUGUUUUGCAAACCGCCGUCCUUUCUGUCCAACUGGACGCCCUGUGCAUUCUCAGUUCACGGCAGUCGCGAUGUGUGCGGCGAACAGUUCAUGAUGGCGGAAAAAGCCCGCAUUUCCGGCGAUCAUGUCGCUUGUGCCAAACUCAUGGCUACCUCCGACCCGAGAGAACACAAGUCCUUUGGUCGCAAGGUGCGAGGUUUUGACCACGCAUUCUGGGAGCUCAGAUGCGAGGGUGUUGUCUUUUUGAUUCCGGAGGCUAGUCCUUUUGACGGAUUGUGGGGCAUUGGUGUUGGAGCCUUCGAUCGGUUUGCGACGUCGCCCUCCAAAAAUCCUGAUCAGAACCUCUUGGGCAAGCGCUCGUUGCGACGCGCACGCUUCUGCGUGUGCGCCUGGUCGAACCCGACAAGACUUUACGCCCUGAGCAUUCGGGGUUCCCUGCCUCCGCGUGUCCCACCAUCAAUGAAAUUGCGCCCCCGGGUGCUACACGUUGCCUCUGCCGCUAUUCGCGAAGCCGCUGCUCCCCCGCCGCCGAUGGGGAAGCCGUUGUUGGAGGAACACGCCCCCUAUUUGGUGAGAGGGGAGUCUUUGGGCAUCGGCGUGCCCCCUAGCCUGUGCGCUGCGAGUGUGCUGCGCCCUGGCGAGCCUGUGCGCUGUAUUGUGUACCAGGGAGAGCAUGAUCAGUGCGCCCUCAGGGGGGACCAUAGGGCCUAGGCGAAUACAGCACUGGGCCCUCGAUAGUGCCGGUUGAAUAGUGCCGGUGCCCGGUAUAGUCCGGUAAAAUCUCUGGAAACAGACAGCGCCCUCGAUAGUGCCGGCCUGCACUGUUGAGGGCAGCCCCGAUAUAGUGCCGAUUUGGCACCACAGCGCCGGUCUACACACACACGCAAGAACGAUGGAGUUAAAAGCAAGGAGGAUGAUAUCCAAAACUAACUCGGAGUGCAAGGUAGCAGCCUUCGUAGACGUGUGCAGUUUAUUCUGUUGCUACCGUUUCUGUCUAUAUAUUCUGGAGAAUAGCUUAGCCUCCCUCAUGCCGCCCUCUCACGGGUUCCCCGUUAUUAUGACAUUUGGAAGUAUUUUUUGUAUUUUCAACCGCACUGAGACUGACGUCUUUUCAUUGGUCAGCCGGUUAGCGCGGUCGAUGCCAAUAACAAAAAACACACACAACACAGGCGGAGGACAGACGCCACACAGAAUAGCUCUGCGCAGAGGCGUACCAUGCCUUGUGCGAAGAUGGCGAUGAUCGCAGCGCAUUCCGCAAAGUAAGAAAGCGGGUGCGCCACGCAGACAUGAGAGAGUUUGUCGAAACUUUGUGCGGUCGGGUGGUGCAUGUGGUUGCUUUUCGUGCGGUGCGCUUCCUGUGUGCUUUAUGUAUUUUUGUCUUGCAACAUCGAAGUACGUGCGCUAGGCAGACAUUGAGAGAGUUUGUCGCGACGGAGUGAGGGUAGUAGGCGGUACGUACAUGGCUUGUUUUUCUGCGGUGCGAUUCCUGUCGUGCUUUUCUUGGGUUUUUUUUGUUGUUUUACAGACUUGCGGGGAAAAUGGGAACGUACCCAAAAAUGAGAAUUGGCGUUUUUCUUCAGAACCAUCGGGUGUAUCACAGAACCAAAAUUAUCCUGCGAAACCCCUUCGCCCCAGCUGCGAGAUGAGCUCAUCAGAACCGCCAUGCUCCACAUCACGCCUUCUCACGGGCGCAAAAAGCGAUUCGUGCUGGUUUCGACCUGAUUUCUCGCGAUGCUGGCUACCUCGGCGAUGCCGAGGACAUACAGCUUGAGCAACAGCUCAUUCGAAAGCUGCUGUAAAGACCUACAGCACUGUCAACUUUUAUGGGGGGAGUUGCAAAGGCGUGGUUUGCUUUCUAAAAACAAACGCCCAUUCUCAUUUUUGGGUACGUUCCCAUUUUUCC